AAAAAACAGUGACUCGUUCAAUAAAAACAAACAAAUUCGCGAUUAAAAUUGAAAAAUAAUAAAAUAAAUUUAUUGUUAUUGCUUAACUUUUACUACAUUAAAAAGUUCUAAUGUAAUUAAAUAAUUAAAUAGCUGAUUUUUUCUAAAGAAAAACGAAAAUGACUUCGAAAAAAUUAAGAUUUCGGGGUGAUUUAAAUUUUCAAAAUCGCAUUGAUGACUUGUACGAUGAGGUGGAUGGAGGUGCAGCAAUAGCUGGCUUCAGUCACAGACGUUCUAGUGGGAGUGUAAAUACACAUAAUAAAGACAGUAACGAUACAGCAACAAAAGUAGCCAAAGAAUCAGAAGAAGGCGAAAAGGAAGCUCCUUCGUUUAUGGAUUUUUUCAAAUUGGAAAUGACAAGAGGCUAUCUACUGGAACAUGAUGAGGAACGCUAUACAGCCAGGCGUAAGAAGAUUUAUUCGUUUAUGCGUAUACCUCGAGACCUGGAACGUUUUAUGGUUUAUGGCAUCAUGCAAUGUGCCGACUCAUUUCUGUACAUACACACAUUUUUGCCGGUACGUUUCGCAUUGGCAGUGUGGGGCAUGUUGACACGUCCUAUUGCCAGCUGUUUAGGUUUAAGAAGGCGUACACAACGUCUAUUGACACCGGCAGAAAUCUGUGACUUACUCAAGGGAACUAUAUGGAUUGCCGUGACACUUCUAAUGCUAUCGGUCGAUACGAAUCGAGUGUAUCACAUAAUUAAAUCGCAAUCUAUAAUUAAAUUAUAUCUAUUCUAUAAUAUGCUGGAAGUGGGUGAUAGGUUGUUAUCCGCUUUUGGUCAGGAUACUAUAGAUGCAUUAUUUUGGACAGCUACAGAACCGAAAAACUCGAAACGUGAACAUUUUGGUUUAAUAACACACAUUAUUUUUACAUUGAUCUAUGUGGUCUUGCAUAGUUUUCUGAUAAUGUUUCAGGCCACCACUUUGAAUGUUGCUGUAAACUCCAACAACAAAGGACUUUUAACCAUUAUGAUAUCGAACAAUUUUGUGGAACUAAAAGGAUCAGUAUUUAAAAAGUUCGAUAAGAAUAAUUUAUUUCAAUUGACUUGCAGUGAUGUACGUGAAAGAUUCCAUCUAUCCGUUUUACUUUUCAUAGUGAUGAUACAGACAAUGAAAGAGUUCGACUGGAGCUUUACACAGUUUUGUGUAAUGCUACCCGAUUGCUUUUCGGUGCUAAUAACUGAAAUUCUUAUAGAUUGGAUAAAACAUGCAUUUAUAACUAGAUUUAAUGAAUUGCCUGAAUACAUUUAUCGUGAAUAUACAACAAGUUUGGCAUAUGAUAUGACACAAACUCGGCAAAAACAUGCCUUUUCGGAUCAUUCAGAUCUGGUGGCUAGACGUAUGGGUUUUAUACCUUUUCCCUUGGCGGUAGUGCUGAUUAAAGCAAUUUACUCAGCGGUAUCGUUUAACAAUUUAGGAGCCUGGAUAUUGUUUUUGUUGGCAUAUGGUUUUGCUUUGGGCCUAAGGAUUUGUCUUACCAUAUGUGCUUUGGGAAAAGCUUGUAAAUUAAUGAAAGAACAUCAAGACGAGAAAUGUAAUUCAUCGACUCCAAGUUCCAUGACCAAUGUGCCACCUGUGGGCAGCAAUACAAAUACCGCUACUAUGGGUAUGCCGGGUGUGGAGAAUUUACCCAGCUCACCGCCUGUCAAUAAACAUAAUCGUUCAGAUAUGGCUACAUCACCUACACAUCCCUCUUCUGCUGAUAAUGUUGGUGGUGGCAGUAGUGUUGGAAGUUAUUCCUUGCAAAGAUCACUUACCGUGGACUUAACUCCUACGGAUAUGUUAAAUAUUUCAGCUAACACUUCUACCCCUAAACAAGUAAGCAAAACUUUAUCCAAUACUUCUUGCAACAGUGCCCCGGGUGUCUUGAAUAAAUCAUCACGUAAUAUGUCCUCAACCUCCUCUAAUACCCCCACUUCUGGCAACAAUAUAACACACAAUGAAAUGGACUUGGAUGUAAAGAGUUCUCUGGAAUUGGGUGCCACUGCCUUAUUUUCCAAUAGUGAUGUGGAUUUAGAUGAUGUUUGUUUAAAUGAACAUAUUUUAGAACCAAAUACUACUUCAUCUACAGCUGGUUUUGUAGAAGAAGCCUUAGCAAAAAGUGAACCAGACUUGCAGCAAACUUCCAAUGUCACCACAACACCUACCACCAGUAGUCCAAAAUCGACAACCACCACUGGUCAAACGAUGUUGGGCAGACGUACGCACAAAAGAUCUGAGUCCGAACCAAGUAUGCAAAGCAUAGUGGGUUCUUCGGAUUCCAGUGAAUCGCAGGCGUAGUGAAAUUUGUUAAAUAUUUUACUUACUUUCUAUUUCUAAACUAUUUCAUUUCGUUCUAUUUAAUGUUUCUACAUCAUAAAGACAAUAUUUAUAUUAAA